AUGCCUCCCCUGGUGAAGGAAGUGGUCUGUUUGGCUGUGAAACAGGCUGCCUUGGGCAUAGCCGUGGUGGACUCUUUCUUGCUGGAGGGACUUAAACAAAGGCUGGAGGUAUCAAAGCACAGGCUGGAUGACCAUCUGUCGGGGUGCUGUAACUGCACCUUGCAUUGCCAAGUCUGCACUGGACAGGAAGCUGGAGUAGGUCACAGCAAGACACUCUGCACCUGCUCAGGCACUUCAAGUACUGCUGGGGCGCUAGCUUCCAAUGAAUGCGAAGCAGAUUCUUGGCUCCGCGUAGCAUCACGCUUCAGCGGCUCUUUCGACAAGAAAAGGCGAGCGGCUUCUCGCUUGGCUGUUUUUGACAGCCGCACCGGGGCCGCUUGGCGAGGGCCGCGGAGAGAGAGUGACCGCCUGAGCGGCGCUCGCGAGUUUCCGAACCUGCCUUUCGAUAGCCGGACUCGGAAAAGGGAGACGCUGCUGGCAAAGCGACCAGGUCUGCCUGCACCUGACACGGAUCUGGCGAUUUGCAAGACGAAGGCGGCACACCUCACCCAGGGAGCCAGGAGCAGGAGCUCCCGCGGUAGCACCAGCGAGGGGUGCCGUCCCAUCCCGGCGCAGGUGCCGAGGCAGCAGCAGCAGCAGCGACCGACCGAGAGCAGCAUGGAUGGCGGUGGCGGUGGCGCCGCCAGCCCGGACGCGUUUCCCUCCUCCCGCGCUGUCUCCGAGGUCUUCCGCUCGGCCCUGACCAUGACCAAGGGACUCUCCAUCUUCCUUGAUAUACUGAGAAGAGCAGACAAAAACGAUGAUGGCAAAUUGUCCUUUGAUGAAUUCAGAGCUUACUUUGCUGAUGGAAUCCUAAGCAGAGAAGAGCUGCAUGACCUGUUUCACACGAUUGAUACACACCACACUGACAACCUUGACACUGAAGAACUGUUUGAAUAUUUUUCCCAGCACCUGGGAGAAUAUGAGAAUGUGCUGUCAGCUUUGGAAGACCUCAACGUAUCCAUACUGAAGGCAAUGGACACCACAAAGGAAAAUUAUCAGGAAGCUUCUAAGUUGGAACAGUUUGUGACUCGCUUUUUACUGAAAGAAACCCUGAAUCAGCUACAGUCUCUCCAUAACUCCCUGGAAUGUGCCGUGGAAACCACAGAAGAGCAAACCCGUCAAGAAAAGGGAGAUUUCCCUCCUCACCUAUCACCACACAACAGGCCAGCAAAGCCAGAAGUGCUCAAAAUUCAGCAGCCAGGAAGACGUUUAAGUAGAAGACUCCAGAGGAAUAAUAGUUUUUCUCCAUCCAGCCCUCUCUUUAAUUCAGGCUGGCUGGAGGAGGACAAGCAAUGGAUGACCCAAAUAAACAGACUCCAGAAGCUGAUUGACAGGCUGGAACAGAAGGAUCUCAAACUUAAGCCACUAGAAGAAGAAAUAUCAGAAGGAAGUGCUACAUCUCACAUAAUGAUUGUUCAGCGGCAGAUGUCGGUAAUAGCAGAAGAACUAGAACAGUUUCGAUUUGCUCUGAAGCAGUAUGUAGACACUGCCUCUUCUCAGGAUGGAUGUCUGCAUGUUUCCAUUCAGAAGAUUUCAAGAGAAUCCCGCUUCAUUAUUUAUGAAUUUUGGGAGAACAAUGCCUGGAACAGUCACCUGCAGACAAACUACAGCAAGAUAUUCCAAAGGAUUAAUGUGGAUUGCCUGAAAACUCCAGAACACAUUACAACUAUGCUAGUGCCUGCUUCCUGGUGGGUUCUGAACAACAACUAG